CAACAACUACCACCACAACAACAACAACCACCACCACACCAACAACGACAACCACAACAACAACAACAACCACAACUGCCGCAACGACCACCACAAGAGACCCCAAUACUUUACUUUGCAAGUGCGGCGUGCCCAACAGCGCCAACAGGAUCGUAGGCGGGGCAGACACCGAGGUUAACGAGUACCCGUGGCUCGUGGGGCUUUCCGACCUGGGCGGGACGGACAGGCCCUUCUGCGGCGGCUCCAUCCUUAACAACGAGUGGAUCAUCACCGCCGCCCACUGCGUUUCGGGAGUGUCGCCGAGCAGCCUCCAAGUUCUGUUCAACAUGCACGACUGGAACAACGGGCCGACUCGCAUCAUCAAGAGAUCUGUAGACAGAAUUGUUAUCCACCCAAGAUACAGCAGCAGCACGUACGACAGCGACAUCGCGCUCGUCCACAUCGCAGACAAGGUCAGCUUCACCAACUGGCCUGGCAUCAAGCCCGUGUGUAUGCCUCCUUCGGGCUCGGAUUAUGCCGGCAUGGAUGCCACGGUCACCGGCUGGGGCACCACGUCGUCAGGUGGCACGCAGCCAGAGGUCCUCCAGGAUGUGACUGUGCCCAUCAGGACGCAGUCUGAGUGCCAAGCAGCUUACGGCAGCCAGGUUACCAGCAACAUGAUCUGCGCAGGUUUGCCCGAGGGAGGGAAGGACUCCUGCCAGGGCGACAGCGGAGGCCCUCUGACGGUGCAGGAGGGAGAUGGACGCCACUACCUGGCCGGCGUGGUCAGCUGGGGCAGCGGGUGCGCGCUGCCAGGCAGAUACGGCGUCUACACCGACGUGCCAAACUACCACACGUGGAUCCACAACAUCGCCACCACCGGCAGAUUCUGCGGCCUCUAACAGGCGGUCUUCUGCGUUGGGAUGACGUCAGCGGCGGUUCUGCCAGCGGCCUCGUCUCUGCGUUUCGAUUCCUCGCCCAUGACGUCACGUUUGCGGGCACUUAAGGCUUCAUAAAUCGAGAAGGAAGAGAUCCUGUGGAAACCAUUCCUUGUCUAGAAGAAAUAAAUCAGUAAAAUAA